ACAGCGCCCAGGAGACUGGCUGGAAUCAGUUUUGGAGGGUGAUACACCGCGACAGCUAAAAGUUGGAUAGGGUUUCAGCAGCUCCUAUAUAAAGCAGGGGGGACUUAUGUCACUGCACUAAUUAAAUUCCAUCUGGGUUGCUCCUCGGGGUGUUUUUGAGCCUGCCACCCAACUGAAGCCGGCAGAGAGGCCGAGGGACAGCAUGAUGGACCUUUUUGAAACUGGCUCCUAUUUCUUCUUCUUGGACGGGGAGAAUGGAGCCCUGCAGCAGCUGGAGAUGGCCGAGGGAUCCCCGCUGUACCCAGGCAGCGAUGGCACCUUGUCCCCCUGUCAGGACCAAAUGCCGCCAGAGGCCGGCAGUGACAGCAGCGGAGAGGAGCAUGUGCUGGCACCCCCGGGACUACAACCCCCUCACUUCCCCGGCCAGUGUUUGAUCUGGGCUUGUAAAACUUGCAAGAGAAAGUCGGCCCCCACGGACAGGCGGAAAGCAGCCACGCUGCGGGAGAGAAGGCGACUGAAGAAGAUCAACGAAGCCUUCGAGGCUCUGAAAAGGCGGACUGUGGCGAACCCUAACCAGAGGCUGCCCAAGGUGGAGAUCCUGAGGAGCGCCAUCAGCUACAUCGAGAGGCUGCAGGACCUCUUGCACAGGCUGGAUCAGCAGGAGAAAAUGCAAGAGAUCGGGGUGGACCCUUUCAGCUUCAGCCCCAAGCAGGGAAAUGUCCCCAGUGCAGACUUCCUGAGCACCUGCACCUCCGACUGGCAAAGCGUUUCUGACCAUUCCCGAGCCCUGGGAGUCAGCACCAAGGAAGGUAACUCGCACCGCGGUCCCUGCUCCUCAGUACCCCCCCGCCGCCGGGCCGUGCUCACCCGCCGCUGCCGAGCGUCUUUCCCUUGCCCUAACGGUCUUUGUCCCAAAAGGUCGCGGUCCCAACGGCCGGUGUCUCACCCCCCGCCCGUCGUGAGCCCCGCGCCGCAGGACCGGCGAAAUCGAACGGUUUUGCUCUUUAAUCCCUUCUCUGUCGUUGAGCAGGAGGUUCCGUCGUCGAGUCGUCGGCCUCCAGCAGCCUCCGCUGCCUCUCUUCCAUAGUGGACAGUAUUUCUUCCGACGAGCCCAAACUGCCCAGCCCUGAAGAAGCGGUGGACAAAUAAACCCGGUUGCCUCGGUAGUAUAUUUAACGGAGAUGGAGCCCCCACCCCUCCCCUCUAAACUAAAUAACGAAGCAAAUUAAGGCAGUGGAAAGCCCAGGCAGAGGCCUCGUUAAGGUCGAGUCAGGGUAUACCUAUCCCAGAGAAAAAAUGGC